CCAAACCCUUCAUCUCUCCAAUCUCCAGCUUCUUCCUAAGUCAACACUAUGGCCGCAACUAAAUCCUUCUUUCUUCCUCUCGUGGCGACCCUCGCCGCUUUACUAUUGGCCGCAGCAGAAUCCCAAACCUCCUUCUCAACAAAGAAGCAGCUGCUUACGAUGAAGAAGCAGAAGCUGACCCACCUCCACUUCUACUGGUCCAACUUCCGUAGUGGGCCCGAAGCCACGGCCCUGAUCGUCGCCCCGAUCCUCGACAACGCCACUUUCUAUGGGACCGUGGCCCUGAACGACGAUAUGCUGACAUUGGGCCCGGACCCGGAUGAUUCGACGUCGGUGGGGAAAGCCCGUGGGCUUUAUCAUUUCCCUUCCGAUACGACGGACUUGGUUUACGAGAUGAUAUACAGCUUCGCCUUCACUUACGGAGGCUACAACGGCAGCUCCCUCUCCCUUUUGGGUUCCGUCUUCCCGACAUCGAAAACCGCCAGCGAGCUCUCGGUCGCCGGCGGCACGGGCGUUUUCCGCUUCGCUCGUGGAUACGCCGUCAUGAACUUUUUGUCUUUUGAUCCCGUACGUAGCUUGAUCCUCAACGAGCUUGACGUCUACGUUUUGCAUUACUAGGUUGUGCAUCCAAAUCAGCCAACACUUUUAUAUGCUACAGGAAUUUAUUGUUAUUGUUGUUGUUUUUAUGUUUCUUCGAUCUUUUCAUUGCAUGAAGUUAUGUGUUUGUCUGCUUAUUUUUUAGUUUCAAUAGUAUUCUAAUUAUGUAUUGUUUUUUUCCUAUUUAUUAUGUGUUAAAAGGUUGAAGAAUCCGUUGGGCUCAAUCAGUACGAUGAAAGUCUAUUUUCUAUGUUAAAGCGAAAUGAUGGCUAAAAGCGGACGCAAAAGCGACCUAAUAUGGUAGGGUGUACGUGCUAUGGUUGAUUUUAAAGCAUACUGCACCAGACCAAACCAACAUUGCUACCAGAUCAAACCAAUCGAAUAUAAUGCAAUUCGAUCCACGGUCCUAUGAAUUUAUAUAUACUGAAGAAAAAUGAGUUUGAUUGAUAUCUAGAUCGAACCAAACCGAGUACAUUGGACCGAAUAAAAUAUUGUUUCAUUUUGGUCCUAAUAUCUUUUUUUUACUUUUGGAUUACUCAAUUUUCGUUUCGGUCUUGUUCAAACUAGACCAAUGCACACCGCUACAACAUUGUCCUAAUACCCAUAUAUCAAAGACCUAAAGAAGCGAUUUAAAAGUUAGCUGUUAUAUUUUUACUAGGAUUGAGGCUUUUACUUGGGCUUUUGGUGCAAAAGGUUUUUUGAACAAAAAGCUACAGUAUUUGAGAAAUCUAAAGCGUAAAAGCAUAGGUUUUUAGAUUUUAAAGCUAGCUUUUAACUGCAUUGCUCAUAAUAAUUCGAGUUGUUGGGAAAUGUUGAAUUAUGGAUCAUAUAUCAUUAACUAAGACAUCCCUUAAAACAAAAGUCGACACAUAUAAGUUUGAAAUUUGCAGAGAUCAGGAUACCAUGUGUUUAACAUAACAUACGUGGUCAUCAUAAUUCGAACUGAAGACCUCUCGGGCACAUGCAAAAGGCUGUGAUACCUUAUCAAGAACUAGUUGAUCCCAAUAACUCAAGUUGUUGAAAGUUGUUCAAUUAUGGAUUAUAUAUCAUUUACUAACAACACACACCUCAAACGACAGCCAACUCAGAAGGGCUUGAAAUUUGCACAUGUUCGAAUACUUUGUGCAUAACAUAAAAAAUGAGGGUCAUCAGUAUUCAAACAGAAGACCUCUCGGUCACAUAAGCCACUGAUACCACAUGUCAAGUUUUAUCCUUUUCUUUACGAAGUAGCCAUCAGAGUAGUUUCUGAAGCUCUCACUGAAAUUCUAUAAGAGUAGUUUAUAUAUUUUCAAAUGUAGGAUCCACACGGGAGCUAAGUUUGAGAAGUUCAAUAACUUUUAUCAUCAAACUCGAAGCGUAUUUAUGCUCUUUGAAUAUCUAUGACUCUAUCGUUGGAGGCAAGACUUGGUUCAUUCGGUUGAGGAGGCAAUGAAUUAGGGGGGAGAAAGAGCCAUUUGGUUGGAGCUUCAAUCGGAAUUCCGAAAUAGACAAUUACAUAAAUUACGUAUUCAAAUUAGGACGACGUUUAGUAACUUUCUUAGAAGGAAAUUUUAGCAAUUCAGUAAUCGAAAUCCGGAUGCACCACAACAAGAAAACAAAACCGGCAGACGAGCUAGUGUCAUCGAAAAAUAAUCCUUCUCCACUUGUGUCGGGCAAUUGGUUCUGGAGAAUUCAUCAAAACCGCCAGAUGAGCUCCAUCAUCCAUCACAACCCAAUCAACAAAAUUUCCACCAAUAUCGUCACCUGAAUAACCUGAUCGAUCGAAUACAGUGAAAGAAAGACG